AUGAAUCCAGAUGAAGAUGAAUGUUUCUUUAAAAUUUUUUUUUUAAAUAAUUUAUUUAUCUAAAAUAAAUAAAACUUCAAACUCAUGCAUUUAAAAAAAUCUUCGUUUAAGAAUAUAUACAUAUUUGAGAAGAAAAGAUAUUUUUUCAUUUUCAUUUCAAUUUUCAUUUAAUAUUAUUUUUCAUUAAUCUUUUUUAUAUUUUGAGUAAUUAAUAUGGUAAGUAAGUUAUAAGUGUCUUGUAAUAAAAAUUAUAUUUAUAUUCUAGUAAUAUAGUUCAAUAUAUUACUAGAAUCUAGUAUAUUUCAUUUACGAAAAUAUUCGUUAUCAUGGUGUCUACCUAUAACUAGCCACUUUGCUAUUGGUCAAAAUAUGGAUGGAAGAAAUAUGGCGUCAUACUUCAAAGAUGUGUCCAGCGCUUUUAGAAAACGAAGAACGAUGUUUUGGUGGAAUGACAUUUUUUGCCCAAAGUCAUCCCGUUGAAGUUUGUGGUAGUAAUGGUUUACCUCUUACACCAAAUUCGAUAACUAUAUAUGGAAAAUCUCAAUUUCUAAAAACUAUUCAUCAUCCAAAUUUAUCUACAUAUCUUGAUAUAAUUAGGAGUAAACACGAACGAAUAGUAGUGGUCGCAGAAUAUAAUGGAGAUCCGUUAAAUAGCAAAAAGAAUUUAAAUACAGAUGAUAUUCUAAAAAUAGCAUUUCAAUGCUUGUUAGGUUUACAAUAUAUGAACAAGUUAGGCUUAGUGCAUAGACAUCUAAGUCCUGAAAAUAUAUUAUUUAAUAAAAGUGGAAAUGUACAAUUAUAUAAUUUUGGCCUAUAUUUCAUGACAGAUUAUGGGAAGAAUAUAUCUUUUCCUAUCGGUUACCCAAAGUAUACAGCUCCUGAAGUGUUUUUGAGUUCUGGUGUUAGUAGCCCAAAAGUAGAUUCCUGGUCUUUAGGCAUGAUUAUUACAGAAUUAUUACUAACAAAAUCAAUAUGGUCAGGUGUAAAGUUAUCUCAAUGUUUGCGGAAAGUUCUUAGUCUAAUACAUUGUGAAACUUCUGUAUUUGAACGUCUUGCAAGAGAAAUUAAUUGUUAUAAUAUUUACAAGGAUUUGCCUGAUAAAAUAAAAGAAUUUGUGGACUGCUGUCUUCAAAUUCACCCUUUGAAACGUAAAAUACCAGAAGAGCUAUUGAAAUUACCUAUAUUUGAAAAAUUUUUGUUACAAAAUGAGAAAGAAAUAGAAAAAAAUUUAUAUAGGAAUGUUAUUGUUAGGAAAAUGGAUGAAUUAUAUUAUUUAUGGCAAUUAGCAGGAGGAGAUAUUACUGUCGAGUUAAAGAAACAAGGACUUAUCAGAUCAAGACCACCUAUUUUAUCUAUUCCAAAUUUAGUAAUACUUUUAGGUCAAAUGUUUGGCAGAAGAGAUACAGCAGGAUUACUUGAUUUACGUGUAGUUAAAAUUCCUCUCGAUACACUACAUCAACGUCUAUCUCAUAUUCCAUAUAUAGCUAAUUAUCCAUGGUUAACAGAUCAAAUGCGUGUUCAAUCGCAAGAAGAUCUGAUAGAUGCUGCUUCUCAAUUACCUUUAAUUAUAAGAGAAAGAGAUACGGAAUACCAAUUUUAUAGAAUUGUUUUGUAUGAUAGAUUAUUACAGGUUUAUCCAAUUACACGAGAAGCAAUAAUUGAAGAAGCACACAAAGAUAUACCUCCACCCGUUAGAGGAGCUGUAUGGGCAGCAUUACUUGGCAUCACGGGUGAUAUUCAGAAAUAUUAUGAUACGAUUGAUAAAGAAACACCUACUCAUACAGAUCGACAAAUAGAGGUAGAUAUACCAAGAUGUCAUCAAUAUAGUGAGUUAUUAUCAUCUGGUGCUGGUCAUGAGAGAUUACAAAGAUUGCUCAAAGCAUGGGUUCGAAAUAAUCCUCAUUAUGUUUAUUGGCAAGGAUUAGAUUCAUUAACAGCUCCAUUUCUAUAUCUUAAUUUUAAUAAUGAAGCUAGAGCAUUUGAAUGUCUGUCUAAAUUUAUACCAAAGUAUCUUCAUAAAUUUUUUCUAAAAGAUAAUUCUGCUAUUAUACAAGAAUAUUUAGGAAAAUUUUCACAAAUCAUAGCUUUUCAUGAUCCUCAAUUAGCUAAUCAUCUUAGAUCGAUUAACUUUGUAUUAGAAUUAUUUGCUAUUCCGUGGUUUUUAACAAUGUUUUCACAUGUGUUUCCACUUCACAAAAUACUUCAUUUAUGGGAUAAACUUUUACUGGGAGAUUCUUCAUUUCCACUUUUAGUUGGACUAGCGAUAUUGAAACAAUUACGAGAUUCCCUUUUAACUUCCGGUUUCAAUGAAUGUAUCCUCUUAUUUUCUGAUCUUCCUGAAAUUGACAUCGAAUUAUGUGUUAAAGAUUCUAUGAUGAUGUACCAAAAUACACCACCUAGUAUUACUUAUAGAAAACAUCAAUUUAAUCAACCAAAGGAUGUAAAUUGGUUAGAACCAGAACCUGGUACUGAAAAGAUGCCAAGAAUUUGUGUUGAUGACUUUUUAGAUUUAUUAGAUAAUAGUCCUGAUAGAUUAAUAGCUGUAGAUAUACGCAAUAACAUACAAUUUGAAAGAGGUGCUGUAACAGGCAGUAUUAACAUUCCAUUUACAAGUGUACAACUUUCUUUAACUCACAUCGAAACUCUUGGACCACAUGCAAAACCACUUGUAGAAAAUAAAAAUAGUAUUGUUGUAAUUAUUGGACCUCAUGAUCAAAAUAAUGCAUUGGUAAAUAUUACAUUGUAAAAUUUGAUUUUUUCGAUAUUGAGAUUAAAAUAUGCUUUAUAGUUUGCAGAUUUUCUGAUAAAAUGUGGAGUUGUGGGUGUAUGUUCUUUACAAGGAGGAAUUUCUGCUUUACGGAUAAAAUCUCCAAACAUUAUAGUAGCACCGCGAUAAAAGUAUGUAAUUGCUACAUCUUUUAGUGUAAUAAAUUUAUAUCAACGUCAUAUGCAAAUUAUACGACUUGUAUAAAUGUAUGUAUUAUAGAGUAUUCCAGCAUUGAUAGGGAAGGGAUGAAUUUAGAAAAGAAAUCGAAAAGAAAGAAUAAGAUUUUUUCGUUUAAAAUUUUUUCGAGAAAAUCAAGUUAGAAAAUUUAUCAAAUUUUGAAUUUAACCAAUUCUGAUAGAAAAACGUAAUAGAAAAAAAUAAUUAGUAGGAGGGUAUUCUACUUGUACAAAUAAAAAUGUAGAAUAACAUUUUUUUGAAUGUUCCGUUUUCGAGAAAAUCCAGUUUAAAAAUUUAUCAAAUACGUAUGUACCAAGACAAUUUAAAAAAAAAUUCACAGCCUAUUUUCUUGAAAAUGAAACUUUAAAUGAAAAAAUUUUAUUUUUCAUCUUUAACUUAUUUUUGCACUUGGAAUAAUCUUCUAUUAAUUUUUCUUUUGUUACUGAAUUAGCUAAAUUCCAGUAUGUUUGAUAAAUUUUCAAAUUCGAUUUUCUCGAAAAUGAAAUAUUUUAUAAAAAAUUUUAUUCUUUAUUUUCGACUUAUUUUCUCAUGUACAAUCAUCUCCUUAUCGCUUGUAUUAUCGAUGGGGGACGUGGGAGGAGGGGGGAUCAUAAAAAAAUAAGAAAAAAUAUAGAAAAUUUUGUUAUUUUAAUUCUAAUUUUUGAGGAAAUCGAAAAAUUAAAAAAAAUAUGGAAUAAAUUUAGCCCACAUUACUGAUCGAGAUGAAAUUUGAGUGGUGUUAGAAGAGAUCACAGACGAGGUGUUCAUCUGUGAAGAAAUAUAAGAAGAUGCUAAAAUUUUAACUUCUAGCGAUAUAAGUUCUCUAUAUUGCUGGAUUCUUUUUAUCUAACUGUCGUAUCGUUUCCCAUCUUUUUUUAAAAAUUAUAAUUGUAUAUAAUUAUAUUAAUAUAUAAUUAUAUUUAGGGUUCUCGAACGCCUCUGAUAACGCUCCCCAAAUUUCAUCUUAAUCGGUCGUUCGGAAUAAUAUUCAUAAAUUUUUUUAUAGGACUCUUCGUUUCUGAAAAAAUUAAAUUUAAAUAUUUACCAAUACAUAUAAGUGCAUUGAAUUAUAUGUAAACUGUAUUUUUUUGAAAAAUAGAGAAACGGAGAAAUCUUAUUUUUACAAGGAAGUUUUUUUUUAUUUUUUGUCAUCAUCAAUCAAAUAAUCAUCAUCUCAAAUAAUCUGCUUACUUGUAUUAAUCUAAUUUACAUGUAUUGAAUAAAUUUUCAAAUUCAUUUUUUUCAAGAACCAAUUUUGUAAUUCUAUUUUAUUAUAUCUUUUUUUAUCUUCUUAUAAAGAAUCAUUGCAUGUUUGUGUAUAAUAUAUGUUUGUAUAUAAUUUUUCAUUAUACUCCUAUAUGCUGUAAUAUUUUAUUUCAUUAUAUUAUUGUAUAGUAUUAUUAA